UUUUAUUUUCUGAGUCCCAUGUUUUAACUGUCACUUAGAGUUUAGUUUCUUCUCACCCUUCCUCUAUUACAAGAGACUCUGUUUUCUCCUUUACAAACAGCUAAAAGCCUCUCACAACACAGUACAUUCAAUUGCACCCUGAAUGAGUCCCUAAGCUCUCUCUCUCUCUCUCUCUCUCUCUCUCUCUCUCUCUCUCUCUCUCUCUCUCAUCAAUGGGUGACAGUGCAACCCUGGCAAAGGCAAGGCAAGAACUCGAAGAUCUCUAUCUCGGAAUCCCAGAUGCAUCCGUCGACCUUACCUUCAAAGACAUGACAAAUAUUCAACAGAAUGAUGUAGCCGAAAGAAAAACAACAACUAACAAGGCACCAAUCCACGAAGACCCACACAAAGACCUGAAGACAGCCAUCAACGACCUUACCAAAUCCCCAAGCCUAGAUUUCUCAAAGGCACUUCAAGGAGCCAAACCUCACGAUCGUCGCACUAUAGAAGAUGAGCUCUAUAGAGAGCACUAUGCAAGGAGCUACGUUAAGAGGACUGGUAAUGGGUUGAGGCCGCUCAAUGUGGAGAGUAGUCUAGUGUAUGAUGAUGCGAGUGUUAUCAGUACACUCUCUCCUUUGGAAGAGAAAGGUGGAAAGAAGAGGACUGGAAUCCCACACUCAAAUAUAUGUGCUUUGUGCAAUAAAUGCAUCUAUUUCUUUCGACAUCGUUGCUUGGUGUGUGGAAGAGUAUACUGCAGGAACUGUGUUGAAAAAGGAAUGGGAGAAAUGACUGAAGGAAGAAAAUGCGUCGACUGCUUGGGGCGAAGAUUUAGCCCAAGGUACAUACAUAGAGCUGGAAAGACUGGAUGUUGGUGGAGAUAUUCCAGCUUCGUGAAACAACAAGAGCUAAUGUGGGCUGAGAAGGGCCCAAGAAAGAGAGGUGAACGCCGCUACAAUGAGAAGAGUUCAAGAAACUCGGUCGUGAUGCCUGCGACUCCAAGAAAGUCAUAUGUAGUUCCCGGAACUCCAAAUAGAUUUGCUGAUAACUACAACAAUAACCCGAGUUCGUUUAUUGCAAGUUCUACGUUUUCGCCAAAUCCUCAUAAUUUUCCUUUGUGAGGAAAAGGAAGAGAGGAGAAUUUGUUUCCUUUAAUUUAAGCUUUAUUUGUUUGUUUGGAUUAAUUUAUUUUUAUUCAUAAGUGUGUGAAUGACAUUAUAUGUAUGAGAAUUCGUUUAUGGGAAAA